GAAGAUGAAUUACAAUGAGCUAAGUGAAAUUCCCUACUUUGGAGAACCAACUUCUAAUAUUACUAUUCUGUCAUUAGUACACAAUACAAUUCCAGAGAUAAAUGCUGAGCAGCUCCAACUUUACCUUUCGUUGGAGAACCUAGACCUUAGCUCUAACCUCAUAUCAGAAAUUAAAGCUUCUUCAUUCCCACGAAUGCAGUUGAAGUACCUGAAUCUGAGUAACAACAGAAUAACUACCCUAGAAGCAGGCUGCCUUGAUAACUUAUCCAGUUCUCUAGUGGUGGUGAAACUAAACAGAAACAGAAUUAGUAUGAUUCCACCAAAGAUCUUCAAAUUGCCUCACGUGCAAUUCCUGGAACUUAAAAGGAACCGGAUUAAAAUAGUGGAAAGUCUUACAUUCCAGGGACUGGAAUCCUUAAAAUCAUUAAAAAUGCAGCGCAAUGGGAUUAGCAAACUAAUGGAUGGAGCAUUCUUUGGAUUGGAUAAUAUGGAAGAACUAGAACUGGAACAUAAUAACCUGACAGAAAUAAACAAGGGCUGGUUGUAUGGCUUACGAACGUUGCAACAACUCUACGUUAGCCAAAAUGCCAUUAACAGGAUCAGUCCAGAUGCAUGGGAAUUCUGCCAAAGACUUUCUGAACUAGACUUGUCGUACAACCAGCUGACCCGCCUGGAUCAGUCUGCCUUUGUGGGACUUGGCUUAUUGGAGAAAUUAAAUCUGGGUGACAACAGAAUCAUUCACAUUGCCGAUGGUGUCUUUAAAGGGCUGUCAAAUCUUCAAACACUAGAUUUGCGGAACAACGAGAUCUCUUGGGCCAUAGAAGAUUCAAAUGAAGCCUUUGCAGGUCUCAGCAGACUCAACAAAUUAAUCUUGCAAGGAAACCAGAUCAAAUCAAUUACAAAGAAAGCAUUCUCUGGUCUUGAAGCACUUGAACAUCUAGAUUUGAACAACAAUGCAAUAAUGUCUAUCCAAGAAAAUGCUUUUGCUCGGACUCACUUUAGUGAAUUGAUGUUGAACACCAGCAGCCUACUCUGUGACUGCCAGUUGAAAUGGCUGCUUCAGUGGCUCAUUGACAACCAUUUACAACAGGCUGUAAAUGUUAGCUGUGCUCACCCCGAAUGGCUAGUGGGACAAAGCAUUCUCCAUGUGAAUCCUGAAGACUUUGUCUGUGAUGACUUUCCUAAACCACAGAUAAGAGUACAUCCUGAGAGCACAAUUGCUCUAAGAGGCAUGAAUGUGACUUUGACUUGCACUGCAGUAAGCACCAGUGAUUCACCAAUGUCCACUGCAUGGCGUAAAGACAGUGAAAUAUUGUAUGAUGCAGAAGUUGAGAAUUUUGCCCGGUAUCAACAGCAAGAUGGAGAGGUCCUUGAGUACACCACAGUCCUGCAUCUUUUCAAUGUGAAUUUCACCGAUGAAGGAAAAUACCAGUGCAUUGUCACCAAUCACUUUGGUUCCAAUUAUUCUAACAAAGCCAAACUGACUGUCAAUGAGCUGCCUUCCUUUCUGAAAACCCCUAUGGAUCUAACUAUCCGUACUGGGGCCAUGGCCCGACUUGAAUGUGCUGCUGAGGGCCACCCCUCUCCCCAGAUCUCCUGGCAGAAAGACGGUGGCACAGACUUCCCUGCAGCACGAGAGAGGCGAAUGCAUGUUAUGCCUGAGGACGACGUGUUCUUCAUUGCAAAUGUAAAAAUAGAAGAUAUGGGAAUCUAUAGCUGUAUGGCACAAAACAUCGCAGGAGGUCUAUCAGCAAAUGCCACACUGACGGUGCUAGAAACUCCUUCGUUUGUUAGGCCUCUGGAAGACAGGACAGUAACCCGAGGUGAAACUGCCGUGUUGCAGUGUAUAGCUGGUGGCAGUCCAGCCCCUCGCCUGAACUGGACUAAAGAUGAUGGGCCCCUGACAGUAACAGAACGACACUUCUUUGCUGCUGCCAAUCAACUCCUUAUCAUUGUGGAUGCUGGGUUAGAGGAUGCUGGGAAAUACACAUGCAUUAUGUCCAACACACUUGGCACGGAGCGUGGCCAUAUUUACCUAAAUGUAUUAUCUUCCCCAAAUUGUGAUUCCUCCCAAAGUGGUAUUUUACAUGAGGAAGAUGGCUGGACGACAGUUGGCAUUGUGAUUAUUGUUGUAGUCUGCUGUGUUGUGGGCACCUCUUUGGUAUGGGUUAUAGUUAUAUAUCACAUGCGAAGAAAAAGUGAAGACUACAGCAUCACUAACACAGAGGAGAUGAAUUUACCUGCAGAUAUUCCCAGUUAUUUAUCCUCCCAAGGAACUCUUUCUGAACCUCAAGAAGGCUACAGCAACUCAGAGGCAGGAAGCCAUCAACAGCUUAUGCCUCCUGCAAACGGCUAUGUGCACAAGGGAACAGAUAGUGGCACAGGGCCAUUAGUGAUCUGCUCAGAUUGUUACGACAAUGCAAACAUCUACUCCAGGACCCGUGAGUACUGUCCUUAUGCAUACAUCACAGAAGAGGACCCACUGGAUCACACAUUGUCCAGUCUCAUGGUACAAGUGCCCAAGGAGACCUAUCCAACACACACCCAACAUGAAGCCAGCACUCUGGAUAGUCUUAUAGUAGACAGAGAAAUGUCUGCCUUUCUUACCCAUCAUGACCGAAUAAGUGAGAAGAAACUCUCAUCCCAGCAGACUAAUAAUGAACCUUUUCAGCUACCCUUAUGGGGACUAAACAGAGACCUAGGGUUGUCGCACUCACGCUUCCCACAGCAGCAGUCAAUCCAUGAGGAGGCCCCUCAAGCUCUCCGAAGUGAGGGAGUCAUUGACGGUGAGAGAGAACAGGCUGUUUCAUCCAGACCUUGCCACAGGUUACGUGAACAUAACUUUGAUUUUAACAGGACUCGGAACAUUCAGGAAUUUAGUGAAGCCACAUAA